GCUGCUCGCGUCGCGCGGGCGCGUGUCCGUCCACCUAUAUAUACACGCCCGCGCCGCGGCGGGUGACCCCCUCCCCAGCCCAAAAACCCAAUCGCGUCGGCUGCAGCUUUACCCUCUCUCUCCGCUCCGCUUCGGCCCGGUUCCGCGCGCAAGGAUCGAUCGGCUGAGGUUCACAUAUCAUGAAUACAGUCUUUGUGAUGUCAAAACUUGUUGUACCAGAAGCUUCAUUCAAGAAGUACCUCUAGAUAAGACAUGGGUCAGAUUUUGGGUUUAGUGCAAGUUGAUCAGUCAACUGUAGCCAUCAAAGAAACUUUUGGCAAGUUCAAUGAGGUCCUGGAGCCUGGUUGCCACUUUCUACCCUGGUGCAUAGGGCAGCAGAUUGCUGGUUACCUCUCCUUGCGUGUGCGGCAGCUGGAUGUCCGUUGUGAAACAAAGACAAAGGACAAUGUCUUUGUCACUGUUGUUGCGUCUGUCCAAUAUCGCGCUCUUGCUGAUAAGGCAUCUGAUGCCUUCUACAAGCUGAGCAACACCAGGGAACAAAUUCAGUCAUAUGUAUUUGAUGUCAUUAGAGCUACUGUUCCAAAGCUGGACCUGGACGAUGCAUUUGAGCAGAAGAAUGACAUUGCAAAAGCUGUUGAAGAUGAGCUUGAAAAGGCAAUGUCUACAUAUGGCUAUGAGAUCGUGCAAACUCUGAUUGUUGAUAUUGAGCCUGAUGACCGUGUCAAGAGAGCAAUGAACGAGAUCAACGCAGCUGCUAGGAUGAGGGUGGCAGCCAGCGAGAAAGCUGAGGCCGAGAAGAUACUCCAGAUCAAGAAAGCCGAAGGAGAGGCUGAGUCCAAGUACCUGGCUGGUGUGGGUAUCGCAAGGCAGCGUCAGGCCAUUGUGGAUGGGCUGAGGGACAGUGUGCUCGCCUUCUCAGAGAACGUCCCUGGCACCACUGCCAAGGAUAUCAUGGACAUGGUCCUGGUCACCCAGUACUUCGACACCAUGAAGGAGAUUGGGGCCUCAUCCAAGUCCUCUUCAGUGUUCAUCCCCCAUGGUCCUGGAGCUGUCAAAGAUGUGGCGGCGCAGAUAAGAGAUGGCCUCCUGCAGGCCAAUCUGCAGUGAGAGAGGGCCCUGAGAAAAAAAAAGAGGAUUGGUUUUGAUUGCAAAGCAGUGUCGACGCCUCGACGGCAUCUAUUAUAUGGUGCUAUGAAGUUGUGAUUAUAUGAUAUAUAUAUAUAUAUAUAUAUAGAUAGAUAGAUAGAUAGAUAGACUUGCAUGGUUUGUGAAAGGUUAGUAGGCUUUAUAUCGACUGGAGCACUUGCGAGUGAACCUGGAUAUCCCAACUUGUCGUAGUGUUAGUUAUUUGGUGACCUCCUACUAUGCUAUAUGUUUUUCGUGAA